CGCGUAUCGUGAAACUCUAAAAACGAAAACGAAUCUUUGACAGUCCUGGUUUGACAGUUCGGUUUGUAGGUGUGUGAAUCUGCUAGAGUGUUCAAACCUGUGUUGUUGAUAUUUGUUGACUUUUUGAUAUGAACUGUAUGAUAAUUAGUAACUGAAGACAAAUUAUUGGAUUGAACGAACCCUGCAGAGGUCAUCUCAAAUAUUCUUAAUGAGGUUAAAAAUGAAUCAAGAACCCUUAGGGGUAGCUCCCGACAUAGUACUGCCACAAUCGCUCACUAGAUGGGGCGACACUAUACCUUCCCAAUACAUCACAGAUUAUAGUACCGUAUGCGAAACCAAACACUCCCCCUACCCCUUCUCAUGCGACCUUGAUAUCAACCACAGAAUUAUCUUAUGGGCAGGUGAUAUUUCUUCGUUACAAGUAGAUGCAAUCGUCAAUUCUACAAACGAAUCGAUGACGGAAAGUAAUCCUGUUAGUGACAGAAUAUUUCUAAGAGCUGGUUCGGAAUUAAAAGAAGAAAUCAAUUUAGACAUUAAAGAAUGUCGGACGGGCGAAAUUCGAGUAACUCAAGGCCACGCACUGCCAGCACGAUACAUUAUCCAUACCGUAGGUCCCAAAUAUAACAUUAAAUACAAAUCUGCAUCGGAAAAUACCCUACACACUUGUUACAGAAACGUUCUCCAGAAGGCCAAAGAAAUGGGUCUUCGAUCCAUAGCGAUUCCCGUGAUAAAUUCUGUUAAAAGAAAUUACCCACCUGACGAAGGAGCUCAUAUUGCACUACGUACUGUGCGACGUUUUUUCGAAAAUCACGGCAGUUCGUUAGACACUGUGAUAUUUGUUGUUGAUAAAGUAGAUUUAGGUAUAUACGAAGUUCUAUUACCGUUAUACUUUCCCCGUUCAAAGCUGGAGGAAGAAUCAGCCAGGUAUCAAUUGCCUGCCGAUAUAGGCGGCCCUGACGGUGAGCCAAUCAUGCCUGACAGGCAGAUACGAAUUAUAGACAAUCCACAACACACUUUACAUCCCGAUGAAGAAUCCAUCGAUCUUUCGUCACAAAUGGAGACCUCCAUAAACGUUGGAGAUCAUGCUUUCAGCCAGAUGCAGGGUGAUCUCGACCAACAAAGACUGUUGGGAGAAAGACCAUUCACCGAUCCUUUAGCCGACAUUAUGGUCAAAGAAAUACAGCACCAAGAAAGAUACGAGCGACUCCUUAGACGUGCCAAAGCCGAAGACUUGACCGAAGUAUCGGGCAUCGGCUGCCUGUACCAAAGUGGCGUUGACAGAUUGGGCAGGCCGGUCGUUGUCUUCGUCGGAAAAUGGUUCCCCUUCAAUAAAAUCAAUUUAGAUAAGGCACUCUUAUAUCUUAUCACUCUAUUGGAUCCAAUCGUCAGGGGAGACUAUGUCAUAGCCUAUUUCCAUACACUGACAUCCAGUAACAACUACCCAUCGUUUUCUUGGUUGAAAGAAGUCUAUAACGUUUUGCCUUACAAGUACAAAAAGAAUUUGAAAGCUUUCUACGUGGUACACCCCACUUUCUGGACAAAGAUGAUGACGUGGUGGUUUACAACAUUUAUGGCACCAGCAAUAAAACAAAAAGUUCACAGUUUACCGGGUGUGGAAUAUCUCUACGCUGUUAUGUCACCUGAUCAACUUGAAAUUCCCGCUUUUAUUACAGAACAUGACAUGUCUAUCAACGGCAUCAGAUACUUCCAACCGGUGACAACAUAACUGUGGGUCUAGUAGACAACUCGCAGACAGAUAAAGUAUAGUAUUAUCCAUUUUCCCCCAAGGUGAUAAGUCGCAAUAUAUUUUUCAUCUAGUGCUAAAAAAAUGAGUUGUGUGCCAACUAAACAAAAAAAAUAUUGUAGGACAAUUAUUAAGCGUUAAGCGACCCGUCGGAUUUUACAUAUCGGACGUCCCUAAAUUAAUUCGGGUUCGCUUUUAAUCAAUCAAUUUUUUUACAUUAAAGAACAUGAUAGAAGUGUUUAUUUCUGGGACGUCCGUUAUAAUAAACAAGAAUAAUGAGCUUUGCUAAUUUUUGAUGAAAAUAAAUUACAGAGCUACAUGAGGUUUAAGGGAUAAUGGUUUUUUAAAAAUACGUGAAACUACUUGGUCUGAAUUAAAGGAAAUUCUGUAAUUUUGAAAACCGUUUAUAGCGUGUUUAAGAUUAAUAUCGGCUUUAAAUUAAUUAAAAUUUAUCUAUUUAUGCAAUUUGAAAAUAGUACUUAUUCACCUGUAAUUAUACAUUUUUGUUGGUCCUUCGGGCCAGUCUUUUUUCGUGACAAUAAAUGACACCGGCGUAUUAUAUUAGAUUAGCAAUUCGUAAGUAUUUAUAAUGUAAAAUAAUCAAAUGACAAUAUUUGUCGUCAUUCUAUACAUACGAACGACAAUCUUUGAAAACAUUCCUAACCACUAUUUCAACUUUCAUUUUUCUUAGUUCCACCCCGAUUUUGACGGAGAUUAAUGUUUUUUACAUAAUGACGUUUUCAGUCAAUCAAAUACUUCACAAAUAUAGUUUUCAGAUUAUAAUUAACAUUUGAAAAUGGUUUCAAAUGUCAAAUAUUAGCUUACUGAAUAUCAUUAAAAUACUUUAAAUAUUGAAAAUGUAUUUUAAAAUGUGUCAAAUUGAAAAUGAUCGUUUUU